AAAAGCCCACACCUUUGCUUCUCCUUUCCACUCCCAUUCCCCUCUCUGUCUCUCUCUCUCUCUCUCUCUCUCUCUCUCUCUACGCUCGCCUUUGAAUUAGAAACGCGUAUAGCGAAACCCAAGAUAUCACGAGCUCACAAAGUGAAGAAGCAAUAAAGGGGAAAGGGGAGAGAGAGAGAGAGAGAGAGAGAGAGAGAGAGAUUGAUGGGUUCGUCGCUUCCUUUGUUCCUCUUCCUCAAUCCCCUGUUUCUCUUCUUCUUCUUCUUCUUCUUUUCCUCCUGCAAUGCAUUCGCUUCUCCAUUAGAGAGCGUUCGAGCCCUCUCGUUCGAAGAGGGGUACACGCAAAUCUUCGGGGACAACAAUCUCAGGCUCCUCCGCGACGGGAGGAGCGUUCGCAUUGCCCUCGACGAGAACACUGGUGCGGGUUUCGCCUCACAAGACCUAUACCUUCAUGGGUUCUUUAGCGCUUCGAUCAAACUCCCCUCCGAUUACGCCGCUGGAGUCGUCGUCGCCUUCUAUAUGUCGAAUGGGGAUACGUAUGAGAGAACCCAUGACGAAUUAGACUUCGAGUUCCUGGGAAACGUUAGGGGAAAGGAGUGGAGGCUCCAAACAAAUGUCUAUGGAAAUGGGAGCACCAAAGUUGGAAGAGAGGAAAGAUACGAUUUUUGGUUCGACCCAACUGAGGAUUUCCACCAAUACUCCAUCCUCUGGACCCAUAAUCGCAUCAUAUUUUACAUAGAUAACACUCCAAUUAGAGAGGUUGUGAGGAGUGAGGCCAUGGGAGGGGCCUUCCCCUCCAAACCCAUGUCCCUCUAUGCUACAAUAUGGGAUGGCUCUAGUUGGGCUACUUUAGGCGGGCGCUACAAGGUCAACUAUAAAUACUCUCCGUUCGUUGCGGAAUUCGCCGACCUCGUCCUCCACGGCUGCCCCGUGAACCCACUGGACCACUCAUUGGCGUGCGAAGGGCCGGAAUCGGCCCAAUUCAAUUCAGUUAUGAUAUCGGCUGAUCAGCGCGCCGCAAUGGAGGCCUUUCGAAGGAAUCAUAUGAGCUAUUCUUACUGCCACGACCGCGAAAGAUAUCCGAGCCCUUUACCCGACUGCUCACUCGACGAAGAGUCCACGCACUUUUUCGGGCGAGACGGGCUGAAGUUUGGCGACCGGAGGCACCGUGGUCGAAGGAACCGCAAGCAGCGAAGCCCGGCUAGCCGAAGCGAUGCUUCCAUUUGAGUUUGGUUAACAAUUCUUUCUUGUUUAGAUUGUGAUGUCAUUCAUGUUGUAUAGUAAGGGAGAGGGAGAGGAGUUCAUUGGAGCAUUGUUAGAUUAAUUCGGUUAGAUUUUAUUCCUAGUUUCUCAUAUCUCUGCACUUUAAUUUGUGUUUCUAUUUGUUGGAUCAAUUCAUGCAUAUAUAUAUAUUCAAUCUUUUGUUUGUUUCCUCUUUA